GGUAAUAUUGGUAUGAUCUCAUCCCUACAGCAACUGCAUAGCGCAGCGAGGCAAACCAGUAACUUUGUAUCCAACUUCUAAGUUAGACUGCAUCUCUGAGGAAGGCGCAAAGAUCAUUGUGAUUUUAACGGGAACGGAAACAUCUGCUUUAAAGCCAUAUAGUUAACAUUGUUCCUGUAAAAAAAAAUUGCAUUGAAGGGUCUUCCACGAGAAGCAAAAGGGGGGAAAACGCGUAGUAUUGUGUUCAUGCCAUCCAACGGUUGAGGGAGAGACAAGAAAAGGUCCCUCGUUCCGUGGAAAAAAGACCCAAACAGACCCUUGCUGGUUCGGAUCCGAGGGACCUGUUCAGAUCCGAGGGACCUGUUCGGAUCCGAGGGACCUGUUCGGAUCCGAGGGACCUGUUCGGAUCCGAGAGACCUGUUCGGAUCCGAGAGACCUGUUCAGAUCCGAGGGACCUGUUCAGAUCCGAGGGACCUGUUCGGAUCCGAGGGACAUGUUCGGAUCCGAGGGACAUGUUCGGAUCCGAGGGACCUGUUCGGAUCCGAGAGACCUGUUCGGAUCCGAGAGACCUGUUCAGAUCCGAGAGUAGAAAAAUAGAGUGAAAGAAACCUCCAACUGGUUGGAGCAAGAUGAGGACCCAGUGGAUUAGCAGACAGACAGAGCUGUAGGGUCAGUAUGGAAGCCUGAACAUUGAGCAACCAGCUCCACAGUCAGCCUAGCCAUGCCCUGCUGCUGAGUGCCCUGGUGACCAGCCCUGGCCUUGGCACCAUGACCAGUCUGAAGCGCCCACCCAUGGAGCGCAUCGUCGGGGGUUCUAUCCCUGCCUCUGACGAGUUCUACACCCGCCACCUCCGCCUGGCCAACGGAGGGGCACGUACAGACAGCGCCCACCUUCAAGGAGGCCCGGGGGUGCCCAAAAUGGGGGUGCGCGCACGGGUUGCUGAAUGGCCCCCGAGGAAGGACUUGGGAGCUCUGUGGCAAGUUACCAUGGAGCCAGACUCCCCAGGCCUGGCCGGAGGGGGGCACAGCCACCUGAAACUAGGUCACCAGAUGAGCCCCCAGGACUCCUCCAUGCUCCGCAACAUCCAGAACACACUGAAGAGUAAAACCCAGACGGCCAGCUACAGCCCAGACAGCCACUACCUGUCCCCGGGAGACUACAGAGUCCCAUCCCACAGGAACACCGGCCGCAUCCGCCAGCGCAGCAACAGUGACAUCACCAUCAGUGAGCUGGACGGUGGCGGGGACAGUGGGGAGGACUUGGGCCCCUCAGGGGCCAAGUGGUCCCCUCUACACAGAGAGUAUGGCAGUACCUCCUCUAUAGACCAGCACGGGGCGUCAGGGGAGAGUUUCUUUGAGAUGCUGAAGGGCUACCAGGGGGACAAGCCUGACCAGCGCAGCCCCGCCCCAGACAGACUAGAGGAUCUGCUGACUGCUGGACUCAAGCAGGCCUCAAUAGAACUACAUGAGGAGACUAGUGAGAGCCAGGCAUCCAGCAGAGUCAAGGAGAGAGAAAAGCCCCCAAAGAGACGCUCCAAGUCUGAGACAGGGGGCGAGUCUAUAUUCCGGAAGCUUCGCAGCGUGCGGGGGGAAUCUGACUCGCCCCGAGCCGGGUCUGAUGCUGAGGACGGCCGUUCAGAUGAUGGGGUCACCCCCCUCAAGCCCUGGGUCUGCCAGAGGGGCUUCUCCCACUACGACGUGCAGAGCAUGAUGUUUGACCUGAAAAAGGUGAUCCAGAGCAGGCAGACGGCGGCAGUGAAGAGAAAGAACACGACCACGGGGGCGUCUGCUGCGGCUGCAGCCUCCACCACUUCCACCGUGUCCUCCACCCAGAGCCUGGCCUAUAGCUCCCCCACUGGCAGUCAGGAGGAGCUUAGCACCGGGGCCAGGGACAGCCCCAGCAUGGACUGCGGGGAUGAGCAGAGCAAUGAACUGCUCCUCAACUGCCCCUGCUUCUGCAAUGAGAUUGGGGCCACCUGCAGGCGCAGGGCAGGGGGCGGUCCCCCCAGACAGGGGAGUGGGGGCUCAGUGACCCUGGGAGGCGAGAACAGCCUGUUUGAGUCGUCCCUCAGCUCCCACUGCACUAACGCUGGGGUGGCAGUGCUGGAGGGGCCCAAGGACAACCCCAGUGCCCUCAGUGAUCGGGACAAACACUACAUCGCAGAACACGUGGACCUGGGAGCCUACUACUACAGGAAGUUCUUCUACCUUAGAGAACACUGGAACUACUUUGGGAUGGACGAGGCUCUGGGUCCGGUGGCUGUGAGUCUGCGCAGGGAGAAACAGGAGGAGCACAAAGAGCACGGCCAGCAGUACAACUACCGGGUCAUCUUCAGAACCUCAGAGUUGACCACACUCCGGGGGUCUAUUCUGGAGGACGUGGUCCCCUCGUCCUCUAAGCAUGGCACUACCCGUGGGCUGCCCCUGAAGGAGGUGUUGGAGUACCUGCUACCAGAGCUGGACGUGCCCUGCCUCCGCCUGGCCCUCAACACGCCCAAGGUCACAGAACAGCUGAUGAAACUGGACGAACAGGGGCUGAGUUUCCAGGUGAAGGUGGGGGUGAUGUACUGCAGGGCGGGGCAGAGCAGUGAGGAGGAGAUGUACAAUAAUGAAAUGGCGGGCCCUGCCCUGGAAGAGUUCCUACAGCUGCUAGGGGAGAGAGUCCGCCUCAAAGGCUUUACCAAGUACCGCGCCCAGCUCGACAUCAAGACUGAUUCCACUGGCACCCACUCCCUUUACACGGCCUACAGGGACUAUGAGAUCAUGUUCCACGUGUCUACCCUGCUGCCCUACACACCCAACAACAAACAACAGUUGCUGAGGAAGAGACACAUUGGGAACGACAUCGUCACCAUCGUGUUCCAGGAGCCGGGAGCGCUCCCCUUCACCCCCAAGACCAUCUUCUCCCACUUCCAACACGUGUUCAUCAUCGUCCGCGUACACAGCCCCUGCUCCGACAACACCUGCUACAGCGUGGCUGUGACUCGUUCCAGGGAUGUGCCCUCCUUUGGCCCCCCUAUCCCCAAGGGCGUGACCUUCCCCAAGUCCAGCGUCUUCAGGGACUUCCUGCUGGCCAAGGUCAUCAACGCUGAGAACGCCGCCCACAAGUCUGAGAAGUUCAGAGCCAUGGCGACACGCACGCGACAGGAGUACCUGCGGGACCUGGCAGAACGUCACGUGACCGGCACGCCGGUUGAGCCCACAGGGAAAUUCCCCUUCAUCUCAUUGGCUCACAAGCGGAGAGAGAGGGUGCGGCCAUACAGUGGGGCAGAGCUACGGAGCCUGGGGGCGGUGACAUGGCCUGUGCAUGCGGAGGACCAGGUAGCCGGGGCGGAGAGGGAGUGUCUACUGGCCAUCUCCAACGACUUCCUCAUCCUAUUGGACCAGGAAGCCAAAGCCGUGGUCUUCAACUGCGCCACGCGCGACGUCAUUGGCUGGUCCUCGGGCAGCCCUGCCUCCAUGAAGAUCUACUAUGAGCGUGGGGAGAGCGUGUCGCUGCGCUCCAUCAACAACAACACGGAGGACUUUGGAGAGGUGGUCAAACGCCUGGAGCUUCUGACUAAGGGCAGCCAGACCACAGAGAUGAUCCUGAGGAGGAACGGUCUGGGCCAGCUGGGCUUCCAUGUGAACUUUGAGGGCAUCGUAGCGGAAGUCGAGUCCUACGGAUACGCCUGGCAGGCGGGGCUGCGCCAGGGCAGCAGACUGGUAGAGAUCUGUAAGGUGGCCGUGGCAUCGCUGUCCCACGAGCAGAUGAUCGACCUGCUGAGGACCUCCGUCACUGUCAAGGUGGUCAUCAUCCCCCCGCACGAGGACUCCACCCCUCGCAGAGGCUGUUCAGAGCUGUACCACAUGCCCCUGGUGGACUAUAAGAACCACAAGGAGGGGAUGCCCUAUGAGUUUAAAUUCCCCUUCCGCAGCAACAACAACAACAAGUGGCCCCGCACCUCCUCCAGCCCCCAGAGCCGCACCACAGCGGCGGGGGGGACGCUCAUCAAGGCCCCGGCUUCAGACUAUCAGGACCGGGCCGGAGUUAUCCCGCGCAGUGUGUCCAGCGACGGGCGCCCUCUCAACCCCAAAAGGUAUUCCCCAGGGAAUGAUAACUAUGCCCUGGCCUGUUCAAUCGUGAUGGGCCGCUCUCCACACACCCGCAACUCCCCCACCAGUCUCUCCUACACAGACACCGGGAGUGCAGGCUCCAACCACUGGAGACAGAAGUCCAUGCCAGACGGGUUUAACAACAAUAACCGUCACUCCCCUGUGUCUGCUGAGCGUCAGGGAGUUGGAGAAGGGUCUAACGGGACUAAGCCUGCCCCCGGAUGGCCCCGAGAGGGGGAUGGGGCCAACAGGGGAGCUGAUAGAGCCACUACAGACCUAGCUGUCUCCAAGGCUGCAGUACCUCGUCUCCAGGAGCAGGGGGGACACCUGUCCCCCAACAAGAACAUCAAGGUGGAAGCUUCCUACUCCUCCAGCCAAUCAGGCAGUAACACACUGUCCAGUAACGCCUCCAGCUCCGCCCACAGUGAUGAGAAGUGGUAUGAGAUUGGCUCCAGCAGGACAGGGGUGCGGCCUGACUCAGAGCUCAACGGCUACCUGCAGCGGGAGUCCACAGACAGCGGCAUCGACGCUACCUCUUACGGGGCCUCAGGGUCCGGGGGCUCCAGGGCCAAAGAGCGGCGGGCCCCAGAGACCUCUCCUUCAGCCCCGGACUCACCCGCCCCCCCAGGGAGCAGCGAGGACCCAGCCCAGAGCCCCCCUGUGUUCCCCUCAGCCCCAGACAGUGGCUCCUAUACCCUCAGUGAUGCUGCUUCCCAUUCCAGUACUCUGAGCUCCGGCCACUCCGGCAGUCCCAUGGGUCCAGGCUGCAGCCCCAGCUCCUCCCAGGAGGAGUCAGCCCUGACCACCUCCCCCACCUCCCAGACUUCCCUUUCCCCUGGAGGCCCCAAGAGCUUCUACCCCCGCCAGGGAGCCACCUCCAAGUUCCUUAUUGGCUGGAGGAAGCCUGGAGGCACCAUCAACUCUGUGGACUUUGGCAACAUACGCAAACGUCACCAGAGUGAUGGGUUGCUGGGUGGCAACCCCCAGCUCCGGGCCCAACUCAGGGCCCAAUCCCCCCAGCGGGUCAACAAGUCCAACCUGCAGGAAGACCUGAAGAAACUCAUCACCCUGGACAGCCCCCCGCCCUCCUCCCAUGAUCAAAAGCCCUCAUUCCCCGCCCCCCCUCCCAGCCGGCGCUCCCUGCAGAGGACCCUGUCAGACGAGAGCAUCUACAGCGGGCAGCGGGAGCCCUCGUACAGCGGGCACAGAGAGACACCCAACGACCUGCUCUUCAACAGCUCCACCGUGCCCCGCUCGCCCACCGCCCGCCACGCGCCACCCCGACAACCCUCACACAAGUCUCUGGGUGACCUGUGUGAGUCGUCCAGCCAGGAGCAGGGGGGCAUGAGGCAGCAGCUGGGGGACCCAGGCCUCAUGCCCCUACCUAACUCUGGAGCUGACCGCGCUCUGGACUGGUCCAACCUGGUAGAUGCUGCCAAGGCCUUCGAGGGUAGGCAAAUUCAGCGACUGUUAUCUGUAAAUGAUGAAAGCUCCAGGCCAGAGGUCACAGACACCAGCCCCCAGCAGGCAGAACCCCAGGCUGCCCCAGAGAGACACCCCUCGCCUGGUGAGAGCCCAGCCUGUCUGAUGGGGAAGGUCAGCCAGCUGGAGUCAAUGGUGAAGCUACUACAGGAUGACCUUAAUAAGGAGAAGGAUACCAAGAUGUCCCUGCAGGCCCAGAUACAGAGCCUGAGAGAGCACAACCAGCGGCUCCAGGAGGAGUCCUACAGCGCCUCGGCCAAGCUCAAGAAGUUCACAGAGUGGGUCUUCAACACCAUCGACAUGAACUGACUCAGGAGGAACACCUGAACACACGUGACCGCAACACACUCAAACUUAAACUGAUUCACACAAUGGGUGCUCAGGACCGCAGGAGUUGGUCUUUGAUUCCUUCUACAUGAACUGUGAUUCUGCUAUUGACAUGGACCGAUUCACAGUGGAUCUAAAUGCUGUAUGAUCAACAUGAACUGAAUCACUUUGGUCUUCAGCGCUCCCAUCAUGAACUGAUCUGCCAUCAUUCUUCAACACAGUGGAUCUGUAAUACCGCCACCACUUACUGCUCAGUGAGGUUUUAUAAGAGGAGAUAGAGGAUGGAGAGGGAGAAAGACUGAGAGAUCAACAGCAUGCAAUCUCUUCUUUAGGAUUUGCUGGCACUGUACUGUAGUGUCCCUGCAUGUCUGACAGAGAUGUAUUAACUUCCCUUGGCUAUGAUGAUCAUGACAAUAAUAAGCUUGACAAUUCAUCAUCAUCAACAGCUGUUCUACAAUUUAUUUUGUAAAUAUAUAGGAACAGAAAUGUUACCACUGAAUUAACACCAGAUAUCGUUUUACCACUUCCCCAUGUCUCUCUAUAGAGUGACCUCAUUUCAGGAGGGUAAAAUGGGCUUACUGGAAGCAGUAGUUCCAGAUUGUACUAUUGGUUUCUGUGUGAAAACAACUGGGCUGUCUGGGUGGACGACUAGAAGGUGAGGGUUACUGUUCAAUGAACUUCAUAGUGACGAUAUUAAUUCUUCUUGAUCUAUUUUAUUAUCCUACCAGAAUAUUAGUAUGGUUCCUUCCUUGCCUGCCUGCGGUUUUGGAUCCACAGUGCCACCUUGUGAUUAUAACAUGUCAGAUUACAUGGAAAUACGUACUAUAUUUGAUCCUUUUCUACACUCUGUAGAAUCUGUAAGUCUAUUAGUAAAUCUAACCUGACCAUUGGUCUGCUUAGAAGGGAGACCUGACACCUAUUAAUGAUGCGACUUGGUAGACCCUCCAUGUCUACAGUCAGUUGUACGAUUAAACCCCCAAGCUUUCCCGUAUGUUCUUAUACUGUACACCCUGUAUAUAACAAAGGAUUCUGAUGCUCAUAAUUUGCACCUUCAUUCAUGUUUUACAGCAUGUGAUGAUGUUUCCUUUGAGCUGUGAUGUAUAAAAAUGUUUAUAUCUAUUAAAGAUAUUUUGUGCAAUUUUA